GUUGCACGCCAACACUUAAUUUUCGUAAACAAAGGAUUAUUUAACUUAUCAAAAGACCCGAAGCAAGCAAUAGAAAAAAUGAACGAAUUAAUGACUUAUCAUUUCGAAGUUUGCGACUUGGCUAUUAAGAUCAAUCAAGCAUUUUCUUCACAUUUGCUUCUGAUAAUUGUCCGUACCUUUGUCGAAUUUUUCAAUUCUUUGCAUUCUGUUGUUAAAGAAAAGUCGCAUUUAUUGGUCAUGUAUGACUUUUUCUGGAGCAUUUGUGCGAUUUUCGAAUUCAUUUUUAUGCUAUAUGCCUGCAAACGAGCUACUGAGACAGUAAUAAAACUGAAUUUGCUUGUUUUAUAGGAAUUUCUAAUGAAAGUUUGGUUGUAGUGCUCAAGGACUGGUCGCAUUUUGAAUCUUAUGGAAACCAACAACAACAGAAAGUUAAAUUUGCUUCGCAACAUUUUUUUGCUACAGAUUAAACAUAAACACGUAACGUUUUCAGCUAACAGCUUGUUUUCCAUUGAUAACAAAAUGUUCUUACAUUUGAUUAGCACUAGUGUGGCCUAUCUUCUAAUAAUAAUACAAUUUGAAAAAGAGUAAACUUACACAAACAUCAUGAAAAACGCUUGGAGUGAGCCCAGUGACACUGACAUCUUCGUAGUCGUUGUUUGUUCUGAAAAUUUACAAAAUUAACAUUUCAUUGGAAAAGAUGAAAAUUUCAACGUUUAUUUAGUAGGAUCAUUUAAUGCGUCCGUUAGUUUUGGUCGUUAUUUUUGAGGUUAUGAGGUAACAGAAACUAUAUAAUUACCUGUUUGCUUCUUCCAUGAUUGAAUUUCUUACAACAUAGUUAUAAAACCACUAAAACUACACACUUAUAAAACUAGAAGAAAAUGUUUUUUAAAUCUAUGAAAUAGUCAAACUCAAAUUUUCGACCACAAUUUUUAACGCUCUACAAGACGCGCAUGUCUGAAAAUUUGAAUUAUGCCCUU